AUGACCGACAAGACCAAAGACCGCCGGCGUGAUCAGUAUAAGGGUCUGAACUGCGGUGGUACGACUGACUGGGCCAUCGAUCUCCAGGGCGAAGGUCGGCGUGCAGAGACAGGGGACCCGGUCUAUCUGGACCCUAUUAUCUACGAGGAGCCCAAUGCUUUGUGCAAACCCCCCUGCGUGCUCGUUUUCCCCCUCAGUCAGCUUCCAUCUCCUACCACCAUCGACCCGGGCAAGUACACGACGUCGCUUCUGUACGGAAGCACCGCCAAAACCACCAGCAACGACGAAGUGAUCACCGCGUUUAUGACGCAGACCACGACAAUUACCCUGGACCUGCCUAUUAUCACUACGGACGAGGUGUCGUACUCCAACGUCAAUAUAACCCGGAGUCAAGACGCCAGUGAGCUCUGGGUCGGCGUCAGUAUUCCUAUCGGACCUGUGACCGUGAGCCUGGACGACGGUGGCGGCAGCACAACCACACGAGUUCUGAGCCUUCCUGCGUGGCCGGCUGUGACCCAGGGCCCGCCGAUUCGUGGAGAUGGCGACGACGACAACGACGACGACGACUGGGAAUUACCAAACCUAUUUCCAACUACAGCCGCGCCUGAACCAACAACAAAUGAGCCAGCCCCGACGACCUUGCCUACAUGGCGAACAUAUCCACCGUACGUUGUCGAGCCCGUCAACGAGGAAGACGGCGAUGACGAUGAUGAUGAUGAUGAUGGCGCGAUCAUUACGAGCUGCAAGCUUUGGUUUUUCAAUAUAUGCCUUGGUGGGCGAUUCAAGUCGAUCAGAUGGACCCUCCCUCCCGGAAUUUACCCACCUGGUCCGCCUCCGCCAGAUAUUCUUGGCCCCCCUGGAAAUUCCGUGUGGUCUAUCCAACCGCCGCUUCCCCCAUGGCCGCCACUCACUGUCGGCAGGGACAACAAGCUCACAUACAGCAACGAGCCGUCCUGCCAGACCGAGUCGGCAGAGCUCUGCUCCACGACGGUCUCGAAGUCGGAGACCCUGGUCGGAACUAUUACUUCCACGGUCACUGCCACUUCAUCCACCUGCGAAACCGUAUACGGCUGCUCCUUAACGGACUCAGGGUCAACCAAAACCACCACGGCAUCAGUUUGCAAGCCCACGUCGGGCAGCGGCGGCGAAUAUCAGCCGCCUGCGGCCGGGUGCCCGGCUCCGGCCAUCGUCUACCCCAAGGAUCCGGAGAACGUAGGUUCGAUUCCGAGCCUGCUCCAGGGGUAUAAAGACUACGUAGAGGUGGGACUUACUACAGAACGCUGGGUGGCGUUCUACUGGAUUCCCAUGCUCGGUCAAGAUACCAUGGACGCUCUGAGGCAGUCGGAGGAGACAAACUACAACACCGGAUUUCCCUUUGAGGAGGAGGAAACCCCCCAGGAUUGGAACCUCCCCCUCUCCCCUGAUCAUUCGGACGAGUUGCGCGAGAAAUUUGACCCCCUGAACGACACGAUGCAGCACGACAAAAUACAGACCGGCUCUAGCAUGUCCCAAAAUACGCCCUUUUGGGCCCAAUCCCAAGUGUCCCUUGCCAAAGACGAUGUCUGGCUCGCUCCGGGGGGCGAUAGCUACUUCCCCAAGGCAUCCAACGGCGAUGUUUACAGGUAUACAUAUGACUCGGUUAGCGCGACCGAUACAUAUGUGUACAUGUUGCACGAGAAAGGGAUUUGGAAUAGUCACGCAGAGUUCGUUGGUAGGAACAUCGUGUACUUGGACUCUCAGCACAGCUUCGGGCCUAACUCACCUCCUAUUGUUCAAUAUCAACAUGGAUCUGCGGUUGCUGCGAUGGUGGUCGGUAAUCGACUUGGCUUGUGUCCAUCGUGCACUUUGGUCGUGGUCACCUCCCAGCAACCGACCACGCAAACGCAAGAUUGGUUCAACUAUCCCAACGAGAAAAUCAUUGCGCAACUUAUCGACGUCCAGGAUGAUGUAAAGAACAAGAAUCGGCAGGGCAAAGCGACUAUCAACAUGAGUUUUAGCUACAAGCCCAUUAAGAACACGCAACAUGCCUUUCUCCGGGUCUUCCGAGCCCUCUUGCAGAAGCUGGAGCAGCAAAACGUCGUCAUCGUCGCGGCGGCCGGCAACCACGCGAGGGGGCCGGAAGGCGUCCCUAUACAAAGAUAUCCCCCCAAGUUCGCGGACCCUAACGAUCAGCAGGAAGUGGGACGAUUCCAACUACGCCGGCUUUAUCACGACGUUUGCCCCCGGGGGGGGAUCAACUGCCCCGCGGCCCCGGGCUCUGCCUCCCCCAUGAGGGACUGCGGUGGCACAUCCUUUGCCUCCCCUCAAGUCGCUGCCCUGGCCAAUUACUUCCGCUCGGUGCCCUCUCCUUGGCAGUCCCAGUUGGACAAGCCCAGCAACGUGAAGAAGCUCAUCCAGCUCUUUGCGCGCCGCUUCGUGGUACACCACAGCCCAGUCCUUGCUCCCGCCCGACGGCCGGUCAUCUGGAACGGUCAGGUUGGCGAGCACAGCUGUCUCCGCGAGUACGGGUCGACGGAAGACUGGGCCAAGGUGUGCCCGACCAUCAAGGACAAUCUCGAGAACGAAGCCCCCAACCCGGGAGAGGACGUGAAGCCCUGCUUCCCCAACCAAAACACCAACCCCCCGACAGCUCGAAGACAACUUGGGCGCCGGCAAUCCGGCGGUGGUAGUGAUAGUUGCCCCCUUAUUCCCGGGGACAAUAGUGGGCCCGGACAGAACAUCAACUGGAACGAGGGUCCGUCCGGACCCAAAUGUACUAGCGAGAAUAACUGCGGCGGAGAGCUUUGCAAGGGAUACUACUGUGACCCGCACCUGGAGAUCAGCCAUCCUCCGGACUAUUAUGACCCCAAGGAUCCACAGAACCCUCAUGGCAUGCCGCCCCAGAAACCGACGUCGACAUCGACAACUACUGGUACAUCACCGACGACUACAUCAUCGCCGCCUGUUGAAACUCUCCCAUUGUGCCUUGGUACAUCAACAACCCCUUCAUCGCAAUUUCCAAUCUAUGCCUAUAGCAUUUAUGCGCCUGGUUCACACUGCAAUGGGAUAUUUGCCAGCGACGCCAAUAUUGGAUCGUCUCCGCCAAUCUGCGACAUCUCUAAGGACCAGUUCUCCUUUGACUUCUGCAAAAAAGGCGAUGCCAAAUUUGUGAAUGAAGGCCCGGAAUUCUUUUCCGAAUGCGGAUUCCAACUCUCCCUCAAUGGCAAAAAGUAUACGCCUCGACAACUAGACCCUAUGGAUACUGAUAACCCGUGCUCCGGCACCUGUCCUGACGUUGUAUCGGUUCAAGGAAUAUUGUUAUUCGAGGGUAUGCCUGCAUUCAAUUAG